GAUUCGAGCUCUCAUCACAACAGCUGAACAUCAACUAGCUCACCUGGGAGUGCUCUUCAGCUAAGCUUGUGAUCCAGAGCUGCACUACUCGAUAACAACAUGCAAGGCCUCGCGCUCACGUCAUCCUCCAGCAAGAUCGUGCUCGCGAUGUUCCUGCUCGGCUUGGCGGCUGGUGCCGCCGCCGCCGACGGCCGGAGGCGGCACGUCUCCAGAAGCCCCGACGAGCCGUGUAAGAAGAUGACGCUCUACUACCACGACAUCCUCUACAACGGGGUCAACAACUCAGCAAACGCGACGGCGGCGCCGGCAACGAAACCGACGGCACUGAGCACCGUGUUCAACCCCAACGGCACCUACUUCGGCAUGCUGGUGGUGUUCGACGAUCCGGUAACGGAGGACAGGGCGCUGCCAGUGGCCGGGGAGGAGCCGGCGGCACGCGCUCAAGGAUUCUACUUCUACAACAUGAAGGAGACGACCAGCGCGUGGUUCGCCUUCACCCUCGUGUUCAACUCCACGGAGUCUAAGGGCACCCUCAACCUCAUGGGCGCCGACCUCAUGGACGAGAAGACGCGCGACUUCUCCGUCGUCGGCGGCACCGGCGACUUCUUCAUGGCGCGCGGCGUCGCCACCAUCCGCACCGACGUCAUCGAGGGCUUCUACUAUUUCCGCCUGCAGAUGGACAUCAAGCUCUACGAGUGCUACGUCUGAAACUCUCAUCGGACGUUGAAGGUGGAAUUAUUAUGCUAGCACAUGCGCGUGCCAAUUAGGGAGUGAAUAAAAUAAUGAUGGCUUCCCAUUCCAUACAUUUUUCUUUCACGGUUAAAUUGUCAUGUGAGUUAUAUAUAGCUUCUUUUUAUAACUUACAUAUAGUUCAAAUGAAGGGUUUCUCGUGCCACCGUUUACUGUACCAUUUCUCAUCUUAAAUCAAUAUCAACCAGAAAGACUAAUCAUUUUUCUUUUGAGAACUCUCAACCUUUAUUCAUGUAUCAUCAGGAUGAAUUUUGCUUCAGUGCCAGUUAAGAUCGCAAAACCUCUAGUGGAGCAACAAUCAUCAACACAUCCUACCCAGCCGGGCACAAAAAACCGAAACCGAAGACCGAAGCCGAAAUAACCGGGACCGAAACCGAAAUACAGGAAAAUUCGGUGUUCGGUCAUACGAUCGGUCUUGCCAGGCAACUGACCGAAAUAUUUCAAUACUGUUCGGUUGUGUCGAGCAAACGACCGAAGCGACCGAAGCGACCGAUCAUUUCAGCCCAGCAGCCCAUUCGGCCACUUUUCUAGCUCCACUCCAGCCUCCAGGCCUCUUUUCACUCUCGCUUCGUUCCUCAUUCGACCCUGGACAACACACAGCAGAGAGACCUGCCCUAGGGUUGCGCCGCCGCCCCAUCCUCCUGGAACAGCGAGCGCCGCCGCCGUCCGACGCCCCGGCCGACCGGCCAGCACUCCAGGCCUCCAGACGCAUCUCCUUCCCGCCGCAUCUCCAGGUCUCCAACUCCGCGUCGGCCGGCAGCACGCCACCACAGGGAUCCGGCCAGCAAGUGACACGAUGGCAUCCGAACCUGAGUAUGUUCUUGAGGAUGAGCUGAAUGCACGUGAACUUGCCCUUGCGAAAGCCCGUGAACAUACUGUAGAUGCCCAUCUAAUUAACAUACUGUAGAUGCCCAUCUUAUUUACAUACUACUCCUGCCCAUGUUGUUUACAUAAAAUCAUUCCUGCUGUGCUCCCAUUUGUAAACUGCUAUUUGUAAGCUGCUCCCAUUUCCUGCUGUCUGUAACGUGUUGUGAACUUGUGAAUUGUGAUAUACUGUUCAGUUUCCCCA